AUGUGGUCGCACGAGGAUAUCACCUCGGUCGCGCUUACAGCGGCUAAUUUGUUGCCAGUUAUACCAGCACUUGUGGAUCUCUGGGCUCUGGUGUGGCCUGAGGGCCGAGUGGCGGAACGCCGUCGCCAUCCUCGUCCUGCUGCCCUCGACAUGCCUGGCUGGCCACACCAGGAUAUCGCUUCGGUCGCGCUUGCGGCGGCAAACUUGUUGCCGCUUUUAACUACAUUUCUCGACGUUUGGGCGUUUGUCUGGCCAGAGCCGGAUAUCAUGUCGGUUGUACUACCUUUGUGGACCAUUGGGCCCUCGUGUGGCCUGAGGGCCGAAUCGCCGAACGUCGCCACCGCCGCGAGGCCAACCUCCCUACUACGGAGGUAG